AAGGUACAGGUACGUAUGCAGCCUGUUGGAGUCGCAACUUGGAUUGGGAGCUCCUUUUUCCAGGACCGGGUUGUCUUGUGACCAAAAACGAAUCCGACAAUCAAGCACGCAUGGCCUCGCUGAUCCAAAUUUCUCUCCCAACAGUCUCGAAUCGCACUGGCAGAUAAAACCACUCACCAACCAAAGUAGAUCUCAUCUCAUCGCAUCGCAUCUCAUCGCAUCGCAUCUCUCCCAACCACAUUUAUCGAAGAGCACAGAAUGAAUUGCGGCCUCGGAUUGGACUCGCCUGUACGGGAAGCACUCGGCGGCUGGCUUUGUUUCGUUGGGGCUAGGAAAGAGGAACCCGACACUCCCUCCACGGUGGAUUUGUCCCAGGAUGGAACCGAUUACGGCGAUAGAAUCCACGACGACGACGACAUCGUAGACAACGGGGGGGUAUUCCCCUCCCACCGCAACCCAGAUCGUGCACGCGCAACCCCCCCGAGGCCGCCGGAAGAGCCGGUGGUCGAGGGGGUGUGCAUCGACUGCGCCGAGCCCUACGGGCACUGCACCUGCGGGGACCGGCACCGGGGCCUCCUCCCGGUGGCCUGCGACAGCGGGCUGCCCGGCUGCAGCCCGAUCGUCUGCGGGGACUGCAUGCGGUGCCAGAACCACUGCACCUGCCACUGCGAGAAGCACAGCAAGGUGGUGCGGGUGGGAGCCCGGAAGCCGAAACGCACGCACGGGCACCGCCCACCCACCACUCCGCGAUCCUCCGAGUUUUCGACGGGGGCCCUUGGCUGCGGCCGCCGCGGGUCUGUCGGAACAGCGGCAACGGAAAGCAACGAUUCCUACCAGGCCGACCUAGAACGGUACCGCAACGGCACCGAGAUUCCCACCGCCCGUGCGUCGGCUUCCACCCUGCCGAGGUCCAACGUAAGCGGCGGGAACGGCCACGCGAGCGCUGGUGCCGGCACAAGCCCCCAGCAGAAGCGGCGGCAGCUCCAGCAGCGCCAACGCCAGAGACCAACACCACCAGAGGUCCACGGAAGCCGGAUCCAGAGGCAAAACCAGGCCUACUACGACAACGGAGCCCUGAAGCAGGUUUGGCGGCUGACCAACAAGAGCCAGGAACGGGGCGCCUUCUGAAAGGUCAAGCGAACGAACAAUUGCAAAACGAAACAACACCCGGUUCGGCUCCGGCAAGCUAUCUGCCAGCCAGAAAGCCAUGUGUCCGGCCACACGCGAACCAUUCAUCCUGCAUGUAUGUGCGUUCGACACAGCGGAGGAAUCGACAAAUCUAUCGAUCUAUUGUUUAGACACGCACAAGACGAGGUACUUCGGAAUUCACCUAUGUACCCACAACCACAGUACUAGAGCAACGGAUACCCGACGAAACAGCUACCGACGGGAAGAAUGAUGUGCCGAGGGGAUACCUUUCUUUGUUUCGCAGGGUGGUCUGUGCCCCGGAUCGAAGCAAAGUGAAGCCAUAUGCUCCACCGUGCCGCCAUCGAAAUCUCGUUCCCGUAGAGCAAACAAACGAGCAACUCCUCAAAUAAACGGAACGAAGAACCAGCGUAACUCAACUCUCUUGUGUUUCGCAUAACUCACUAGAACUGCUGUUAGACUUUUUUCCGAACGUCUCCUAUCAAUGGCUCUAUCUCGUCGCAUCCUUAUUUGACGACCCCGGGCGUUGUAUUCGAUUUUCCUGUGAGAGAACAUCAUACGGUAGUACUUUAGUUCCAUUGUGCUCUACUCAGUUUAGUUUGGUUGACC